CUGCCUCUCUCUUUACAGUUACGAGCUGAAGAUCGUUAGCACCACCGUUACCUUCCUUCUUUCGUCACCGAAACUGUUCUUAUCAAAGCUUUUGUUUAAGAAGGAAUCCGUUUUAUUAUUUUUUUUUUAAAAACACCCAGCUUCCCGCAAAUUAAUUUCCUUGCUUAAAAUACAUAAAGAAAGAGAAAAAGGAAAGAAAACAAGGUCCAUAUUAAGAGGAACACCCCAUUCGUUAAACAACGUCUGUUCACUCUACGGAUUAUACAGCACCUGUUAAAAAAAUUAAGCAAUUUCCAGCAAGUAUUUCAGGUAAGAAAGAUGACAGUUUAUUCGCUGUUUCUCUUUUAUAAUACCACAAUCAGAAGUUAUCAACUAUACAAGUAAUUCUGGUUUACCUCUCCAGCCAAAUCUCCUGGGUUACAAUCAAGGGCUGAGUACUAGACUUUAUUUCAUGGAUCCUCCUAGGUGGAGUGUUGGUAAAAUCUAGGUAUGCCCAUGGAUCGUCAGCAUGAAACUUGGCAGAUGGGAACCGAAGUUGUGGCCAGCUACAAGUUUCCAGGUGGCUCUUUGGAAGAUCUUCCAUUCAACAAAGGAGAUAUUCUUACCAUUAUCAAGGCAACAAGAGACCCUAAUUGGUACCAAGCUAAAAAUUCAUAUGGCAGAGAAGGAAUGAUCCCAGCAAAUUAUGUUCAAAAGAGACAAGAAGUCUCCUUACAGACUAUGCCAUGGUAUCAUGGAAAAGUUAGCCGAGAAGAAGCAGAAUCUCUUCUGGCUGGACACAUGAUAGGGUCAUUCCUUGUACGAGAGAAUGGCCAUUACCCUGGGGAUUACACCUUGUCGCUAGUCAUCCCUGGGGAUGUAGUGGAGCACUAUCGUGUGCUACAGACUAACAAUAAGGUUGAAGUCGAUGGUGGUGAUCUUCAGUUCGAUACUCUACUGGAGUUAGUUGAGCACUAUGAGAAAGAUGCUGAUGGCUUGUGUACAAGACUUUCUAAACCACUUUGGAAAACCGGUAAUAAUUUCACAACAGUUGAUUUUAAGGAUUUUGAAAGAGGUGGCUGGGUAAUUAAUGCUGAAUACCUUGAAAUUAAAGAACCUAUUGGUAAAGGAGAAUUUGGUGAUGUAUAUAAAGGCUGCUACAACCAACAGCUGGUUGCUGUGAAACAACUAAAAGACAGGAACAGAGCAGCGCAGACUUUUCUUAAAGAAGCAUCCGUGAUGACGUCAAUGAGACAUCCAAAUCUUGUGCAGCUUAUUGGUGUAGUGCUUGGAGAAAACAUUUUUCUUGUCACUGAAUUUAUGGGAAAGGGAAACCUUGUCGAAUACCUUCGAUCACGAGGGAGAAGUGUUAUCACUAAGAGGGACCAAAUAAACUUUGCAACAGAUACAUGUGCAGGAAUGGCAUAUUUGGAAGCCAAGAAUUUAGUUCAUCGGGAUCUUGCUGCACGAAAUGUUCUAGUUCAUGAAGAUGGUACUGCUAAAGUUUCGGAUUUUGGAUUAGCCAAAUUUGAGUCAUUUAGCCAGGAAGGGGGCCGUUUCCCUAUCAAAUGGACUGCACCUGAAGCUAUUCGAAAAAAUGUUUUCACCAGUAAAUCAGAUGUCUGGAGUUUUGGUAUAUUAUUGUGGGAAAUAUAUUCGUUUGGCAGAGUGCCUUAUCCACGUAUUCCUCUUGCUGAAGUUGUACGACAUGUCGAAAGGGGCUACAGAAUGGAGACCCCAGACGGCUGCCCUCCUGAAAUAUACCAAAUCAUGCGACACACCUGGGAUAUUGAUCCAAAUCAUCGGCCGUUGUUUCAGGAUAUCUUGAAAAUGUUGCAUAAUUUACAUGCCACCACUGUGUGAAUGGAGAACUAAAUUAAAGGAAAAAAAUUACAAAAAAAAAAGAAGAAAAUCAAGCAAUUAAAACAAAAUCAAACAAAAAAAGAGAAGAAAAAUACAGACAUUUGUUUUCUUCCUUCACCCCACUCCCACCUCCACUCAUUCAUUGGUCUUCAUAUUAUUUUCUUGUCUUUUCUUAUAAUUUUUUUUUUUUGUUUUGUUUUAAAGAAAUUUUUUUUCAAAACCAUCAAAUGCUGCUGCUGCAACUGAAAUUGUCGACACUACCCUCAAUACUGCUGUAGCUAACCAAAAUAUUCUUUCAUCUCUCAAUGUGGAAUCUAAAUCAUCUUUUUUUUUUCUCUUCUUGUUUGCCAGACGUUAUGACUAACCAUUCAACUAAUACAUAAUUCAUGCAGUUGUUUAUGUCACUCUGUGCACAUCUGUAUCCUUAUAUGUGCAUGUAUAAUUGUGAGAAUGUGUGUUUUUAUGUGUGCUGACGGAUAUGUAACUAUUGCGUAUAUAUUGAGUAUAUAUUCUUCUUUACACACUCUUGUACACACAAACACACAUCUGUAUAACUGCAAGUAAUCUGUAUGUUUAUACUCUAUAUGCAUACAAUAUGUCCUUUAUAUGUACUUGUGUGUAUAUGAUGUUCAUCUCUGUGUUUGCAUUUGACUUUCUGUGAAAUAGUGUUUGUUUUUAAAAUUUGAAACAUUUCUCCCUCUUGUUAUCUCCCCUUCCACCUCUUAUUUCUGUCAUUUGAUAUUCUAGUGUAUCUAACUACAUUUGCCCCUCUAUUACAGUACCCUUUUAAAAUCUCCCUUUUAUCACUUGCUAAGUUUAACAGUAUCCCAUUGCCUAAACUCUGAUUGGACUUUUAUCAUUUUUCUCCACUUCAGCCCACCUAAAAAUCCCUGUUUCAGCGUUAUUGAUGAAAUAAACGACCAGUUAAGUACAAGGAUCUGUUUAAUUGGCUUAUCUAUUUAAUUGGCUAAUCUCUCCUCUCAAAAUCUCAGGCAUUGCUCCUAUAUUAGAAACAUUUAUCUGACUACGUUACACUCUUCCCCUUAGCAUGUCCUAAUCCUAUUUCUAUUUAUCCCUAUUUGCCCUCCACCCCCAAUGUUUCUAAUAGAAUGUCCCAAUCAUAAUCCCUUCCUACAGAUGUUUCUUUUGUAAGCUCCUUACCUAGUAUUCCAACACUGUUUCUGUUAAUAUACUCUUUGAUUCUAUACAUGUCAUCAUAGCCCCUUCCACCACGCCAUUAUCUAUCUACCAUUACCCCCACCUCCACUCCACCAAAAUUGCUUUAGUUUCUUUAAUUUUCAUUAUUAUAUUUUUAAUAAAAAAUAGCCUUUUUUUCGUUAAACAAAAAACAAAGAAAUCAAGUUCCAAAUGAAAAAGAAAAAAAAAAGACAUUCAUUGACCAUGUU